UCAGCGUACCACGUCUAUGCUUUGGCUCUUGGAAAAAAAAAAAAAAAUGUCCUAGCACUGUCGAAGGAAGGUCUCUGAGCUAUAGCAAUCGGCAGCGCUGCGUGCUCCUUCUGCAAUGCUCUAAGAUAGAGUAACCAAGGGCUUUCUCCUAAGAUAUGAGCCUCUGACCAUGGGGGACUGGAACCUGUUGGGCAGCAUCCUUGAAGAAGUGCACAUCCACUCCACCAUAGUUGGCAAAAUCUGGCUCACAAUCCUGUUCAUAUUCCGGAUGCUGGUGCUGGGAGUGGCUGCCGAAGAUGUCUGGGAUGACGAGCAGUCCGAGUUCAUCUGCAACACGGAGCAACCUGGCUGCAGCAAUAUCUGUUACGACAAAGCCUUCCCCAUCUCUUUGAUCAGAUACUGGGUACUGCAGAUCAUAUUUGUCUCUUCUCCGUCACUAGUUUACAUGGGCCAUGCGCUCUACAGAUUAAGGGCUCUCGAGAAAGAGCGUCAGAAGAGGAAAGCCUGCCUGCAGGCUCGGCUGGAGGAUCUGGAGCCCGUGCCCGAGGAACACAGGAGAGUGGAGAGGGAACUGCGUAAGCUGGAGGAACAGAAGAAAGUGCAUAAAGCGCCCCUGAGAGGGUCCCUGCUGCGCACCUACGUCCUACAUAUCCUGACCCGGUCGGUGGUCGAAGUGGGCUUUAUGAUAGGUCAGUAUCUUUUAUACGGGUUUCACAUGUCCCCCCUGUACAAAUGCACUCGGCCUCCUUGCCCUAACACGGUGGAUUGUUUUGUGUCCCGACCCACAGAGAAGACCGUCUUUAUGGUUUUCAUGAACAGCAUCGCCGUGGUCUCCCUGUUCCUCAACAUCCUAGAAAUCGCCCACCUGGGCCUCAAGAAGAUCCAGAAGAGCCUCUACGGGCGGCCGCGGCGGCCGGCGGGCCCCGCCGAGGAGGACACCAGCCUCUACAACUCCAAGAAGAGCUCCGUGGUGCCGCCGGCCUGCCCGGCCAGCGACACCGCCCCGCCGCCGCCGCCGCCGCCGCCGCCGCCGCCCCACGCCCCCGCUCCUCCCGCCGCUGCCGCCGCUCCGGCUCCGGCGGGGCCGCCGGGCCGUCAGCACCGCGGAGAGCUCCGCGGCGCCCCGCCGCCCCGCCGCCGGCACAGCGCGGCGCAGCACCACGGACAGCACCCGCCGCCACCGCCACCGCCCUCGUCCAGCAGCGAGGAGGCGCCGCGGGCGGCGGCGGGCGGCCCCCCCGGGGCGGUGGCGGGCGCCCGCCGGGUGCCCCGCAAGCACAGCCGGGUGAGCCUCCCCCGCGACCUUGACGAGGAGCGCGGCGACUCCCCGGACAGCGGCCACUGCCCCGGCACCCGCAAGUCCAGCUUCCUCUCCCGCGUCCUCACCGGCAGCCGGGCGGGCAGCGACAGCGAGAGCCCCGCCUCCCGCGGCGGCCCCGGCCCCGGCCCCGGCUCCGGCUCCGGCUCCGGCUCCGGCCCCGGCUCCGGCUCGGAGGGGAAGCGCCGCGAGGAGGGCAGCCCGCCCAGCAGCCUGCCGCCGGCCGCCGCCAUGGGACGCCGCGUGUCGAUGAGCAUGCUCCUAGAACUAUCAUCUAUCAUGAAAAAGUAAUGACAUUCUGAGGAGAAGAAAUAAACUAAGGGAUUGAGCACAAACUGCCUUCAGCAAAGAGAUAAAAAGCAGAUUAUCUAUUGCUAUGUUCCCCUCUCCCGCCACUAUAAUGCUAAAUUCAUAGUACAGUGUAAGAAAGCAAAUAUUUUAUUCCUCCAUUUUACGCCAAUCCCAACCGUACCGUACUCUGAUUGUUGGUGUUAAGGGGUAGCUCGCUCCAUGACUCAAGAUUUUUCUCACGUAGACUGAGCUGGAUCUGGUCAGUGCGUGCUACCACUGCAGAAAUAGCCUUGUGUCUUUGGGAGAACAUUUUGGGAUGUACAACUUGUUGUGCAUGCUAGCAGUGUUCAUAUCAGAAACCAGCCUGAUCCAUUGACCUUCGAGGUAGCGGAAGACCCAAGGCACCUACAUGAAAGGGUUAGUUUGAUGUGAAAGUAACCUGGAAGGCUACGUGGCCUCUAUCUCCCCAGGCUUCAGCAGCCAAUGAAUAAAAGAUGGAAGAAACACUCAAGGCAUCUGAAGGGACAGAGAAUUUGAGAGAGAGAAAAAAACCAGCUGAGGAAUACGCUGCUGCUCAUCUGGCUGUGCUAAUGCAGUCCUCAAGCUCUGAUAGAGACUUUCCAUGCUAAUGUAGCCUCCUCAUAGCUAAUACUUUUGGCUUCAAAAUCGAAACUAAGUCAAAUCAGGCAAUUUAUUUUAAGUGCAAAACAUCUGUGCUUUUCUUCAGUUUGCUGUUCAAGAAGAUCUGCAAGGUAUCACCUCAGGGUCAUGAAAAUCUUAUUCCCUUCACGGUCUCAUUAGUUCAUAUAGAGGAACUGAAAGACACGUAAAGCCCAAAAGAGCUCAUUUUCAGUUUGCUAGGACAGACUGGCUCUGGAAGGUUGGAUUUCUGGGUUGUAUGCAGCCCAAGAAAGCAGUCCUUCCUCUUGUGUAUCUGGAAGAUAAAGCACCUUCCCCUGACUGUCCCUGACCCUGUUUCUGGCCACAUGCUUUUGGCCGCUUUUAUUUGUCAAGCUUAUUGUAGCUCGCAUUUGCUAUCACCUCAAUGGCAGGCAAUGCUUGGAACAAGCUUGUUUGCUAUGCCAGUUUGCCUAAGCAUAAAAAUCCUUUACGACUUGACAACUCUAAGGCAAAGCUAGCAGAAAGCAGGUCAGCAGGAAAAAAGAGUCAAGCAUAAAGAUUGCUUGAGAUUACAGUGGUGUUGUUCUUGUGCACAUGAUUUACAUUCAUAUUCUGCCUCACUACAAACUCAUUGACAGUUUGUCUGUGCAUUUGUUUAGCAUUUUAAGGCAAAAAAAGGAAAUACUUAAGAUGGUGGCCAUUAAGUGCCAGCAACAACUGAUCAGGGAUGGAGAAACAGCUUUGCUAAAGUACAUUCUCUACUGCCAGGCUGUGUGUACAUGUGGUGGAUGCUACAUCUUCUGACAGAUUUGAGGGGGUGGGAAGCUUUCUUCAUAUAUGCUCAACAGGAAGAUUCAGAAAACUGGGGAACUCUGGAAAGUAACGUUUGAUCUUCUUCCAUGAGAAUUUUAAGAUUGAAAAAAUCACAGGCAACUUUCACUGCUGCAGAUGGAGGAGGAUGCAGUUUGCCUCCCUGAGGAUGGUGGCCCAGGGCACACAAUUUACGGUUUCCUGUGUGGUGAUAAAAAAGCCUGGGGACCUCUCUCUAGCAGCUUGCCCUCCUCCCUGCUCCCGCAGCAGCAGCCCAGCAAGUGUGUGGACCAGGGCAGGACAGCUGGUCAUGCCAGGGACCCUUCCCAGGUCUCCUCCUGGAAGCUGUUGAGCAGGCUCUCAGGUUGCCUCCAACCCAAGGAGAGAGGUGGCUGCCGUGUGGUUGGGAGUUCCAGAGAGCAAACACCCCCUGCUAGACCCCGCGCCCUGCUUGUGGUAAUAGCACCUAAGGCUGUUAUAAUUUCUUCUUUCCUUUCUGGAUCUUCUACAGUGUAAGGGAUGCUAACGGUCCACGGCCCAAGUCCCCCCUCAGAGAGGAACACUACUGUAUUUGGGUUAUACACAGAUUUUCAGCUGUAUUUUGUUUCUACAGAAACCUCUCAGUUUCUCUCAGGUUUUCUGUAAAGGGGAAACAAACUCCAACCUCUCCCCUUGCCUCCCAACACAUACACUGGUCACUUUAGAAGACCAAAACAAAGGCUUGGCAGAAUUGCCUUAAGUCAAGCACUAGGGGAAUGGGUAUAGAUACAGCUUAUUUGCUCUUCCAAAACAACGUAUUUCAUCUUUGCAAUGAAAUACCCUUGGCUGUUCCUGCAGCAGAUCAAAGAUAACUGGAUCCCUGGAUCAAAGACGACUAGUGAAUUAGCCAUGGGACCACGUGACUGGAGGUCUCUUCAUCAGUCCAGAGGUUCACCGGGCAGUAUCAACCACAUCCAAGCUACCCUCCCGAAUCUCACCUACAACCCAUGCGUUAACCGAGCACUGCAACAUCAAUUUCAGAGUCAAGCUGAGUCGAUUUACAAUACAUAAUGAUAUGUCUUUAUUUCAUCAACAGAAAUGGUGUCUAGACAAAAUUCAGUUAACACUAGCAAUUCAAAUGAAUGAAAAGGGUCGGAUUUUUUUUUUCAUUUUUGUUUUUUGCACAAUACUGUAUUUACAAUGAGUAAAUGACAUUUUAAAUUCA